GAUUAUGUGGAGAAUUUUUCUAUGUCGUGUGAUGAUAUUUGAAAAACUUAUCUGGCGUUCCUGACAAUACAAAUGUCUGCUACCUUCAAAAAACAGCUGAUCAGCAAUUCUCACGUCGAGUUUUUUUUUCAUACUUAUUCUCAGCAUAAUAUUUAAUACAGAUCAUUUUUACGACAAUUUGUUGGAUUCGUGAUUUCAUUUCAACAACACAAGUUAUGAUGUUCAAAAGCGUGUGUUUCAUUUAAUUCAGAGUCGCUUUCGUGAGUUGUCUACCAGUCCACGAGAAACAAAAUAUUUGCACUCGAAUGUCAAACGAAUAGCAUAGCAAAAUAAAUUAGGUUCAUCAGUUUAAAUGUCGUAAUAUUUCAUAUGUUAUAUUAAGAUAUUUCCCAAAGAGGUUCAAGUACGAAAUAAAAAAAACCAAAUUGAAAUGUCGCUUAAACCAAAACGUAUAGACUUUGAUCAGACAUGGAGCGAAUUGAAGGAUACUGUAAAAGAAGUUAUUACUCUUGGAAGUGUUCGACGUGAUGUGUGGAGUAACCGUUUUGUUGACAUUUAUUCUAUAUGUGUGGCGCAUCCAGAACCGUUGGCAGACAAACUCUAUGCUCAAACCAGGUUAUUUUUGGAGGCACAUGUUCGUAACUUACUGCAACAUAAAGUUUUCCCCUCAGUAAUUGAAGUAGAUGGUGACCAGCGUUACACAUUGCUCUAUCGUUAUUAUGAUGCAUGGACUGAGUACAGUAAAGGUGUGGAGUAUCUCAAUCAUCUAUAUUUGUAUCUUAAUCAACAGCACAUAAAGAAACAAAAGACAUCCGAAGUGGAAGUAGUUUACGGUUGUGUCAACCACGACUCUCAAGAACAACUCGAAAUCGGUGAAUUGGGUUUGGAUAUAUGGCGUCAACACAUGAUUGAGAAUCUUGGCGAAGCAUUGGUUAAACAAUUAAUAGAGGGAAUAAGAGAUGACCGCUCGAAUAAAAAUCAAAACUCCGACUUUGCCCACAUUAUCAAAAGUAUCAUACAAAGUUUUGUUUGUGUAGAGGAAUACAAGAAGAAAGGAUCAUUGGAACUCUAUCAGAAUAUAUUUGAAAAGCCGUUUUUAACCGACAGUGGAGAAUUUUAUAAACUGGAAGCCAACAAAUUGCUGCAGGAAGAAUGGCCGUUGCAAGGCAGAGGUCGGGUCAAGACAUGUACGGUGAGUCGUUAUAUGGAAGAAACAAUAAAAAAAUUGGACGAGGAGAAUAAACGCGCUUUGAAGUAUCUUCACAUCAGUUCAAUAUCGAAAUUACGAAAAGAAUGCGAACAACGGAUAAUUACUGAUAACUUGGAAUUCCUAUAUUCUGAAUGCAACGAAAUGGUGACAUUGGAAAAACAACGAGACCUCAAAAACUUAUAUACCAUCUUAAAACCGGUACCAGAUGCGUUGAAAUUAUUGGUGAACACAUUUUACGAGCACAUACGAAAUAAAGGAGUUCAAAUGGUAUCGACGAUAAAAGGAGAAACGGUUCACGUUCAAUUUGUCGAAGGGAUGCUUCAAGUACAUGAAAAAUACGAAAAAAUGAUAGCUAAUACUUUUGCAUCCGAUCCAAUCUUCCUGAGCGCUCUCGAUAAGGCAUGCUCUAGCUUCAUAAAUUCGAAAACGAGUGAUAAUCAAUCUAACAGAAGCGCUGAAUUAGUUUCAAAAUAUUGCGAUAGUCUUUUGAAGAAGUCAAAAAUAUCCGAGAGCGAAAUCGAAACAAAGUUGACGAAAAGUAUAACUAUUUUCAAAUAUAUCGAAGAUAAAGAUGUGUACCAAAAAUUCUACAGCAGGAUGUUGGCCAAAAGAUUAAUUCACGACCAGUCACAAAGUAUGGACGUUGAAGAGAUGAUGAUCAAUAAACUGAAGCAAGCCUGUGGCUAUGAAUUUACCAAUAAACUACAUAGGAUGUUUACGGAUAUUUCUGUUUCCGGAGACUUGAAUGCGAAAUUCAAUCAAUUUUUAAAACAACACGAAAAACAAACAGGCAUCAAUAUCUCUAUUAAAAUAUUGCAAGCUGGGGCUUGGCCGUUUGGUCCAACACAAGUGCCAGCGGGCUUUGCAGUUCCUCAAGAGUUCGAAAAACCGGUUAGGCUAUUUGAGAGCUUCUACCACAUCAAUUUCAGUGGCCGCAAAUUGACUUGGCUUCAUCAUUUGUGUCAUGGAGAACUAAAAAUAGUAUUAGCAAACAAUAGAACAUAUAUUGUGACUAUGCAGACAUAUCAAAUGGCGAUAUUGUUGUUGUUUGAGACGUCUGAUAGUAUGAGCUAUAAGGAACUGCAGGAAUCCUUGCAAUUGAAUAAUGAUAUGUUUCAGAAGCACAUCAUGAGUCUCAUUGACUCAAAAUUGCUUUUAGCGGAUUCGGAGAUUGUGGAUGAGAAUUGUAAAAUAAUUCUGAAUAAAGAGUAUACAAAUAGAAGAACGAAAUUCAAAAUCACUGCUGCUUUGCACAAGGAAACCCCUCAAGAGAUCGUUAGUACUAUUAUCUCAGUGGAUGAUGAUCGAAAAAUGUAUCUCCAAGCAACCAUUGUGCGAAUCAUGAAAUCUAGGAAAGUGCUAAGACACAAUGCUCUUAUACAAGAGAUCAUAUCACAAUCGAAAGCAACUUUUGCGCCGAGUAUAGCAAUGAUAAAAAAAUGUAUUGAAUCGUUAAUUGACAAACAAUAUAUUGAAAGAACACCUAAUUCUGGUGACGAAUACAGUUAUGUUGCGUAACAAUUUCUAGAACAAUAAAAAAACGCAAAUAUAUAGAAACUCAUGUAAAUUACAACUAUGUCUUUGAUGGAAUAUAUUAAAAUUUCUGAGUAAAGCGGGUGUGCAUCAACAGGA